UGUCUGACAUCGCCGAAAGUGACUGAUGGACGAUGGCGAAGUGGAUGUGAGUGGAUGCUGUUGCGCGUUGUAUGAAUGCGAACGUGUGGCUUUACUUAAACUGUAUCGUUGUUGGCGUUGCUUCCUGGGUCGAGCGACCGUCGUCGUCCCCGACUGUCAGCCACGAUGGCCCUCAGCCAGACAAGCGUACUAAAAUUAUACAAUACUGUGAUAGAAGAUGUAAUAGCAGGAGUGCGAGAAUCAUUUAUAGACGAAGGAGUAGAUGAGCAAGUCCUCCAAGAACUUAAACAGAUAUGGGAAGCAAAAUUGAUGGCUAGCAAGGCUGUGGAAUUAAAUCCAGACCCACCAGAGCCACAAGUUCCUCAAAUCAACACGCACAAAGCUGUAUCUGUCAAUAAAGGAAAUCAUUUUGUACAACCAUCUCCCGGAAAUGCAGUGCCGCAAACACAACCUCAACAACAAUCGCAACAACAACCACAGCAACAACAGCAGCAGCAAGUACAAUCACAGCAGCAACAACAGCCGACACAACCGCAGCAACAUACAAAUCUUACAGAAAUGUCAUGUCAGCAGCAGCCACAGCAACACUCGACAACACCAGUGCAACAAGUGGUAACUGCACCAGCUGCUGUACUUGAUCGACAAGUACCCAUACAGAUCACCUUACCUCCACAACCUGGCAUUCCCGAUGGACCACAACGGAUCUUAAGCAUACAAGUUCCUGCAUCUGCUCUUCAAGGAAAUCAAUUGCACACAAUUUUAACAGGUCCCGUCAUUUCUGCAGCUAUGGGUCUUCCAGCAAAUUUAGCUUCGACUUUAUUGCAACAACAUGUGAAUUCUACAUUGCAAGGGCAAGCAACAUUAGCUCCAUUGCAAGUAAAUCAACCGCUUCAAGUGGUCACUCAAAAUACAAAUAGCGUUGCAACACAAAGGUCACAAAACCAAAAUAAUAUAAAUCAAUUAGAUGGAGGAGUAGGUGAUUCUACUGACGAUGAUGAUGAAGAAGAAGAAGAUGAUAAUGAUGAUGAUGAUGAGGAUCUUGAUGAAAAAGAAGAAGAGGAAAAUGAUGAAGCAGGAGCUCGUGAAGAGGAACCUUUAAAUUCCGAAGAUGACGUUACAGAUGAUGAUCCUGCUGAGCUCUUCGAGACAGAUAAUGUAGUAGUCUGUCAGUAUGAUAAGAUAACAAGGAGUCGAAAUAAGUGGAAGUUCUAUCUCAAGGAUGGCAUAAUGAAUUUAAGUGGGAAAGACUAUGUAUUUCAAAAAGCAAAUGGAGACGCUGAAUGGUAAUUUUAGAUGCGAUGUGAAUAUUGUGUUGCCUACAGGAAGCUCAGGGAUGUUAUAUGUAAAAGCAACUUGAUGAUGUGUUCACGUGAAAUGUUUCAUCUUUAAUACAAGAUGAUUCUUGUAUGGAUUGUGCAAAGCUGCAACUGGAAUGGCAAUACAGGGGAACAAUGGAGAAAAUUACACUAUCACAAACAUAGCAUAAUAGCAUUGUUAAAUGACAUGAUGCUAAUUACACAGGUUAACCUAAACAAAAAUUA